AUGACUACGACUAUGGAGACAACAUUCCAUUCAAUAUUCAAAUCAAUUUAUAUUAGACAAUUGAUAUUCAAUCAGAUAGAUGUGAUAUCACAACAAAGAGAUUGCACUCUAUUACUAUUGGAAAGAAGAAAAAGGGUGAUCAACAAGUACUGUCAACAUACAAAUGCAACAUUGGAUACACUAUUACAUCUAUUGGAAUGGUCACCAGAUGUUGAAUUUGAUUGGCAAUACUUGGAUCGUAAUAAACACAGUUUAAAUGAUCAAGAGAUAUUGGAAUAUAUAAUCAAGAGAUGUAUAAUGCAAGAGAAUAAAGACUUUCUAUUUGGAGUAAUGCAAGUGGCGUGUGAUAAUGGUUAUCUCUCAACAGUCAAAUUAAUAGACUCUUUCAAAGGUUUAAAAUUAGAUUAUACUGCAAUGGAUUGUGCUAGUAGAAUAUCUAUUGACAUUGUAAAGUAUUUACAUGAAAAUAGAACUGAAAGAUGUACUGAAGAUGCAAUGUUUCAUCAUUUUAAUAGAACUGAAGGGUGUACAGAGUAUGCUAUGAAUUAUGCCGCGACUGGUGGUAGGUUAGAUAUUGUUAAAUUCUUACAUGAACAUAGAACUGAAGGAUGUACAGAAGAUGCUAUGGACUAUGCCGCUUCGUAUGGCCAUCUUGAUGUUGUAAAGUUUCUUGAUGAGUUUCGUACAGAGGGAUGUAGUAUUGAUGCUAUGAAUGAUGCCUCAAGAUACGGACAUUUAGAAAUUGUAAACUACCUUCAUGAGCAUCGCACAGAGGGUGCAUCAACCAAUGCUAUGGAUUUGGCAUCUCAAAACGGCCACUUUGAGAUUGUAAAGUUCUUACAUUUCAAUCGUAGUGAAGGUGCAUCAACCAAUGCUGUGGAUUGGGCAGCACUGAAUAACCAUAUGGAUAUUGUAAACUUUCUUUAUGAUAAUAGAACAGAAGGUUCAAGUCAUGCAAUGUAUCAAGCAUCUCGUAAUGGACAUGUUGAAAUGGUUAAAUUCCUUUUUCAACAUAAAAGUAGGGAUACUACAAGAGAUAAAGUGAUUACUAGUAUAACGCAGGCUACACAAUACGGUCACACUCAAGUCGUCAGGUUUCUUCUUCCAUACUGUGAAACAACAGAUAAUCUAUCAAGAGUAUUGGAUAGUGCAGCAGAAUAUGGUUUUUUUGAUAUAGUCAAGCUUCUUUUAGAUCAACAAAAUCAAAUUACACCAUCAACCAAAGCUAUGGAUUAUGCAGCUAAAAAUAAUCACCUAGAAAUUGUAAAAUGCCUUCAUUUCAAUCGUACUGAAGGUGCAACUACCAUGGCUAUAGAUAAAGCAGCUGAAAACGGUCACAUUGAUGUGGUCAAAUUCCUUUCAGAGCAUCGAACAGAGGGAUUCACUAAAAGUGCUAUUCUAUCUGCUUGUCGUAAUGGACAUUUGGAAAUUGUUUCAUUUCUAAUCAAUGUCAGCAGAAUAGAUAUAUCUCUUUACAAUCAAGAGGAAAUACUAACAGCUGCAUCAUUUAAUGGUCAUAUUGAUACUGUUAAGUGGAUUCUAUCAUAUUUUGGAGAAAAAAAAACUAUUAAAAGAGUUUUAACUCAUAUUAUAACUACAGAACAUUUUGAAGUCAUUCAACUAUUAGAAAAUGCAUCUGCCAACGUUGGAAAUAAAUUUGAUUUAAUAAAUUAA